AGUGCGAGACUUCGGUGUGCGCGAGAAGACCUGUCGCCGUUUCUCUUCCUCCUCUCGUUUUGUUUUCGAUCAUAAAUCCCGGUAGGGGAUCUUCCCGACAUGCUAGGAUCACUUACAGUCCGCACGGAAAGCUUCGGGCGGACCUUCACAUUGCAUUACCGCCUGAUUAGAUCGACAUAACCUGCUGAUUUUGCUUUAAAAAAAAUAAAACUCAACCCCGCUGUCUGAGAUCGUGUAAUCUAGGCCGUGUGUCUGCUUGCGUUAUCGUACAUCCAGCAGCAGCAGUGGCGGCGGCCUCUGUAUGCAGCCCGGGCUUAAUGGCGUCGGACACCAGCGACACGGAGGAGUUUUACGAUGCGGCGGAGGAUGUCAACUUCACUCCCUCACCUCAUGCGUCACCGGCAAAGUUUGAACUUCCUCAGCCUGGGGGUCCUGCAGAGAGUGUGGUACAAGACGUCACCGCUGGAUUGGCUCAGCCUGAAUCCCGCCAUGACGAUUCUCUUCAGAUCAUUGCCAGUAUUAUAGAAGAGAGUCAGAAAAGUGGAGUGGAAGAUCAGUUGUUGAGAGUAGAGGAGGCCUGUGCGGCCACAUCUGAAGGGGAGAGGGCAGGAGCAGAAGGCUGCAGUGUUAAAGAAAACUUGGUUCCUGAGGGCACCCUGGUGCCUCCAGAGGAUCCUGAUGUAACACCACACGAGUCGGGUUGCAUUGAGCCUGAUGUAAGGCCGAAGGAAGUGAGGUCACAGGACAUUCAGGACAGAGCACCGGAUGUGGCUGGUCCUGCCCAAGCAGGUCAGGACCAGGCUAUGCCACCCCCUCCUGACAUUACAAGCGCUUUGGGUCAACCAUCGCAACCCACCUCCCUGCCUUGUGCAGAAACAGCUGAUAUUCUUGAACAGGUCCCUAUGAGUGAUGCAGAUGGCCCUGGCCCUUCUAAACCUCCCAGACAGUUUACAGUGGAGCCAGAUAUUGUAGCUAGCACCAAGAAGCAACCGCCCUCAAGGCCACCUCCGCCCACUGGUGCUCCUCCUCCAAGGCCGCCUCCCCCCUCACGGCCCAGCUUUUCAGCUAAAAAAUCCCAGGAAGUGAUGCGACCAGCAGGGCUAGAAGUCUCUGUAGAGCCAGUGGACGAGCUGUGUGGAUUGGUCAGCCCGAACACCACAGUACGAUGUAUUGCUAAAGAACUCCAGCACUCACUGGACCUCGCUAGCGCCACUAGUGGUGAUAAAGUGGUCACUGCACAGCAGGAAAAUGAUGAGCAAACAUCAAGUCCUACUGGAAGCGAGACUGCUGGACCGCAAAGACCAAGGUCUAACUCAGGAAGAGAGCUUACAGAUGAGGAGAUUCUUGCAAGCGUGAUGAUCAAGAAUCUGGACACUGGUGAGGAGAUCCCUUUGAUCCAGGCGGAAGAGAAACUCCCGACUGGAAUCAACCCGCUCACACUGCACAUCAUGAGGAGAACCAAGGAGUAUAUCUCAAAUGAUGCGGCGCAGUCUGAUGAUGAUGAAAAGUCCCAGCCUGCAAAUACAGACACAGAUGGAGGGAAACUGAAACAGAGAACUACACAGCUGAAAAAGUUUCUGGGCAAGUCUGUGAAGAGGGCGAAGCACUUGGCGGAGGAAUAUGGAGAGAAAGCCGUAAAUAAAGUCAAAAGCGUUCGGGAUGAAGUGUUCCACACAGACCAGGAUGACCCAUCCUCCAGUGAUGAUGAGGGGAUGCCGUACACCCGACCGGUCAAGUUUAAAGCUGCUCACAGCUUCAAAGGGCCCUUUGACUUUGACCAAAUCAAAGUAGUGCAGGACCUGAGUGGAGAACACAUGGGUGCCGUCUGGACAAUGAAAUUCUCUCAUUGUGGGCGGCUGUUGGCUACAGCAGGGCAGGAUAAUGUGGUUCGGAUCUGGGUCCUAAAAAAUGCCUAUGACUAUUUCAACAAUAUGAGAAUAAAAUAUAACACAGAAGGACGUGUGUCACCAUCUCCCUCUCAGGAGAGUCUUUGUUCCUCAAAAUCAGAUACUGAAGGAGGGUUUGGUGCUGCAGUGGAAGAUGCAGACACUGAGGACAGAAACGUGCCGUUCCGGCAAGUUCCGUUCUGCAAGUACAAGGGUCACACUGCUGACCUGCUGGAUCUGUCCUGGUCGAAGAACUACUUCCUGCUGUCAUCAUCAAUGGAUAAGACGGUUCGUUUGUGGCACAUCUCCAGGAGGGAGUGUCUCUGCUGUUUUCAGCACAUAGACUUUGUUACAGCCAUCGCUUUUCAUCCCAGGGAUGACAGGUAUUUUUUGAGUGGUUCUUUGGACGGAAAGUUGCGGUUAUGGAAUAUUCCAGAUAAGAAAGUGGCACUGUGGAAUGAGGUGGACGGACAGACGCGUCUGAUAACAGCAGCUAACUUCUGCCAGAAUGGAAAAUAUGCAGUUAUUGGCACCUACGAUGGACGCUGCAUUUUCUAUGACACAGAGCGCCUUAAAUAUCACACCCAAAUCCAUGUCCGCUCCACCAGAGGCAGGAAUCGUGUGGGCCGCAAAAUCACUGGUAUUGAGCCGCUGCCAGGAGAGAACAAGAUCUUGGUGACGUCAAACGACUCUCGCAUUCGCCUGUAUGACCUCAGAGAUUUGUCUCUGUCUAUGAAGUACAAAGGCUACGUGAACAGCAGCAGUCAGAUCAAAGCCAGCUUCAGUCACGACUACUCUUUCAUUGUGAGUGGCUCAGAGGACAAGUAUGUGUACAUCUGGAGCACAUACCACGACCUGAGCAAAUUCACCUCUGUACGGAGAGACCGCAAUGACUUCUGGGAAGGGAUCAAAGCCCAUAAUGCCGUAGUUACUUCAGCCAUUUUUGCUCCGCAUCCGGAUCUCAUCGUGCCUCAGGAGGCUGGGACAGAGAAACCAGACUCGGACUGUAAGAGUGACAGCACAGACGACUCUGAGACCAUCCCAUCAGGGGCCCUGAAAACAGACCACUCUGAAGUCUUGCUCUCUGCGGAUUUCACUGGAGCCAUUAAAGUUUUUGUCAAUGUUAAGAAAUACUGAGUGCUUGUGCUGAAUAUGACACCCAGCAAGUAUAUAGAAUUGAUUUUAAAGCUCCUCUCAGCUUUUGGACAGAGCUAAAACAAAAUCAGUGUCACUUUACACCUAACUGAGCCCCCAUUCAUUGACCAAUCAGCUGCUGGAGAGUGCU